UGCUUUUGUUAGUUGGGGCCGCAUGCAUAUGACUCAUAUCCCAUACGUCAGAAGCAAACAAUGGUUUAGGAAUGCAUGGGUGUGCAUACGUCAGAGCAAACAAUGUUCCUAUAUAAGUGAGAUACCCCUUACAGCACUGCCAGAAGCAUACAAGACAGAGUUUAGUGACGACAAUCAACAUUACACUGGCUUUAUUUUCAAAUAUGGAGCCAACUCUAUCUUUGCUAAAAGAAUCUAUGUUGGGAAUCGACAGAACGUGCUCAAGCUUUUGAAGCAGACCCAAGAAAUUAAGUUAACUGUUGAAAGAACUGAAAAAGAAGAACUCGGACAAGAGGAAUUAUGGCAGAGAGGACUACAGAACAUCUAACAACCAACACCCUCUACACACCACCUUCAAGCACACCGGUAAGCGACGAUACAGACCCCCAGAUGGACGUAGAACUACAAUACACCCACGAAAAAAAGCAAUACACCCAUGAAGAAACGCAAUAUACCCACCAAUGGAGCAAGCACAAGAUAGAAAAAUAAGAGCACAUAAAAAGUAUCACCAAGAAAUGGUAACAUUUCUUGGUGAGUUAGAUGAACAAGGCCCCAGCGUAUAUUUAUCAAUACCCAAAAAACCAAAAGGAAAUAUUCGAUCUCUAUUAGAUAAACAAACAACGUCUAAGCUUACUGGAAAUGAUCUGCAUCUAUAUUUAAUUGGUAACUUAAAAGAAGACUGUUCUCAGGAAAGCCACUAUCCUUUAGGUGAAUUAUCUGAAGUAAAAAACCUAGAGACAGCCCGUUAUUAUCUUGUAGCUGCCUAUGAUAGAGUUGCGCGACAUGAGGCCCUCACAAUCCGUUUUUAUCUAGACUAUGGAAGAGCGCUUCAUAUUGCUCAUGCAAUUCAUGCUUAUGAGCAACCAUUACAAUCCUGGGAUGACUGGGUAAAAGACAACGUAGGUAUCCAGCGGUCUUACGCGAAUAAGCUACGCGUGAUUUCACAUUUAUUAUGUGACUAUCCCUUGUUUAGGCUAUUAGGACUACCAUUUUACAAACUUUACAGCAUAAGAAAAGAAAUUAAACUUAUGUUGCAAGUCUCACAUAUCGCCAAUAUUUGGAAACAAAGUACAUAUAGGACUACCUGAUUAUACAUUGCUUUGUCAUGACGUUAGUCGAUAUGGUUUUGUUUAUAACCCAUCGGGUACAAAAUGUGUACAAAGGCACUGGUUGUCACGAUAAGGCUGAUCGUUAUAUGAAUCAUCAAAGUAGUUUACAUGACAAGUAUUCUUUUGUAUUUGGUCCUAGUAUGACCAUUUAACAAUGGAGUGUGGUUUUUGGUAAAAGGCUGAUCGUUAUAUGAAUCAUCAAAGUAGUUUACAUGACAAGUAUUCUUUUGUAUUUGGUCCUAGUAUGACCAUUUAACAAUGGAGUGUGGUUUUUGGUAAAAGGCUGAUCGUUAUAUGAAUCAUCAAAAGUAUUCUUUUGUAUUCGGUCCUAGUAUGACCAUUUAACAAUCAGAGUCUAUGAUCUAUUAAGUGUGGUGCCUAGCAACGUGAAUGCUUUUUAAAAAGACUUUGAUAUUGUUGUUUUAAAGUUUAUCAUUGUUUGUAAAUCUUAGUAAAAUUUUGUAUAAAUAAAUGGUUGUAAAUAUAA